CCAUGGUUUCCCACGAGGCUGGGGGUGUGGGAGAGGGGAGAGACACAUCUUUCUCAUCCCCCACUAGGAAACCUGUCUGUUGAUGGCCCCAUGCUGCCCUGUCCAUGGCGAGGCACCUGCCAGCUCUGUUCCCUGACCCUCCUCCAGGUUCUCGGGGAGCAUGGAGGAGAAGGUGGGUGACAGCGCUGCAGCUCUCUGGAUCCAGGCUUGACUAGCUCAGCCCUCCACAGUUCCCUCCUGCAGCCUUUUGAGAUUCCAGGAGCCUCACCUGGGGAGCCAUGAGCACAGAGGACCCCAGACCCCUCGCCUUCCUCACAGCUCCCGUCACUCCGGGGAGGCUCUCAGAGGCAGUUGACCCCAUCCCCGCACUCAUUGCCCUGGCCUGCAUCUUCCUCCUGCUGGCCACCUGUCUGCUGUUCAUGACCCUCUGCAAGCCCGCUGCGCUGGAUCCGAGGCGCCGCUGGGCCUGCGAGUGCAUGCCGCACCACCCGGGGAGCCCCAGUGAGCCCCAGCUCCGGCUCUGGAAGCGCCUGGGCUCGCUGCGCCGCUCCCUGCACAGCCCCCGCCGUGGCUGGCCUGCCCCAAGGCGCCCCCUGCCGGGAAGAGAGGACCACGACUGUGACUGCACAGAAUCUACAAAGAUGUGA